AUGCAAUUAGAGCUCAAAGUUGCGUACGAAGGCGGUCAUGCUGAACAAGCCGCUCGCCACUUCGCGAACAACUCGGCCUUGACGGUGGCCUACAAACGCGUUGAGGAUGCUUGCAACGCCGUUAAGAACGAGGAAGUAGACUUUGCAGUGCUGCCUAUCGAGACAUCUACGCUUGGUAGUAUUCAUGCCAAUUACGAUCUACUGCUCAAGUACGACCUGUAUAUAAUGGGUGAAUACGAUCUGCAGGAGAUCACUAGUCCAGUAAAAAGUACCGACUCCACUUCUUACACGAGGUUCCUAUUGUUGUCCAAGCGAUUGAAUCUGGUGUUGGGCGUGAAAACCGACGACAUGGACUUCAAGACAUCCCUAGUAUCUGCCAAAGGUAUGCUCAAUCGCGCGCUCUCUGUCUUCUCGCAGCGAGAGUUGGAUCUCAUCAAGAUUGAGAGUCGGCCGUGGGACGGACAGAUACCGCAGCAGCACGGCAAAAAGACGUUGAGCUCUUGCAGAUACAAGUAUCUGUUUUACAUGGACGUGCGCGGUCGCCUGACAAACGUGAAUAUGGCUGCAGCCAUACGACAGCUCAGCGAAAUCUGCGCAUUUCUGCGCGUCCUGGGGUCCUACUCGACGUUGGAGAACGAGGAGGUCAUAACAGCGGUGGAGCUGUCCUUCAACACCGGACACCACGAAACCGUCAAAAGCAUCACAAUGGCCGACAAAUACCCGCUGAACCCGAUAUUCCAGAAAGUAACGGUUGCCAAAACUGUACUGAUCCACGGCUUAACCAAGCAAAUGGAGGCUGAAGGCAAGCAGGUUUGGUCCCUUUGCGUAGGGGAGCCUGACUACAACCCACAUGAGCGCGUGUUGGCUGCAGGUGCGAAUGCCAUUAUCAAAGGUAACAUCAAGUACGCGCAUAUGAAAGGAAUGGUUGAGCUGCGCGGCCUCAUUUCGACGUACCUCGAAAAGGCCAAGGGUCUCAGGUAUGACCCAGCUACGGAGGUGUUGGUGUCGAACGGUGCACAACAGUCAGUGUACCAGGCCCUGUACACAGUGUGCCGCCCCGGUCAGAAGGUGAUCAUUCCAACACCGUACUGGCUCAACUACCCUGAGAUCGUCAAGCUUGUGUACGCGGAACCUAUUCCACUGCGUACAACGCUUGAAGAGAACUACUUGAUCAACCCAACGGAGCUAGAGAAGAAGCUGGCUGUGCACCCGGAUGCCAAAGUCAUUAUCCUAUGCAACCCGAGCAACCCGGCUGGCACAUUGCAUAGUCCCGAGCAUCUGGAGAGGAUCGCGGUUGUGUUGCGCAAGCCGCAGUUCCGUCACAUCGUCGUGAUAUCGGACGAGAUCUACGAGCAGUUAUUGUACCAAGAUGAGGGUAUUCCUGAACGCAAGCACGUGAGCUUUGCAACUCUACCUGGCAUGUACGAGCGAACACUGUUGGUAAAUGGAUUCUCAAAAGCGCAUGCCAUGACUGCACCCAAGCAUUAUAUCGAUCCGUGCACACUUCUCCAGGCACAAUUGACGUCAUGCACGAAUACCGUGGGCCAAGUGGCUGCUAUCGAGGCACUGACGUACGAGUUGGAGUGCAUGGAGAAGGACAAGCGCCGCAUUACAGAUGUGAUGAAAAAUCUGGACACGAAGCGCCGCUAUAUCGUCAAGAGACUGACCGCUAUGCCAAACGUGCGAUUUGCGUACCCAACGUCUGCGUUCUAUGUGUUCUUGGACUUGUCAAUUUACUUUCAAGGAAAAAAGGUGUUCACGGCGGACAAGAGCAUGCCGCUUGCGGGCGUUGAUGAUUUCUGUGAGCACCUGCUGCAUGAUUUGCCAUUGCAGUAG